ACGGCGUGGGGUCACUAGCGCGGUGGUGGUGGUGGCGGCGGCCAUGGAGGUCUCCAUCUCUGGCGGUGAAGGGGAGAGGGAGAGGAGCUGCCACGCGACGCAGGUGGUGGGGGCGGACGGGGAGAUGGACGGCGAGGCGAUGGCGUGGUUCGGGCCGGGGUCCGGCCUCCUGGGGCGGGGGCUCUCCUACGCCGUCGUCUCCAUCGUCGGGCCCCAGGGAAGCGGGAAAAGCACCCUGCUCAACCAUCUCUUCGGGACAAGCUUCACAGAGAUGGAUGCCUUGAAAGGGAGGAGCCAGACCACCAAGGGAAUUUGGGUUGCCAAAGCUGUUGGCAUUGAGCCGUUUACUGUUGUCAUGGAUUUGGAGGGUACGGACGGCAGGGAAAGAGGAGAGGAUGAUACAGCCUUUGAGAAGCAGAGUUCCCUUUUUGCUCUGGCAGUGUCAGAUAUUGUUAUGAUAAAUUUGUGGUGUCAUGACAUAGGCCGAGAACAUGCAGCUAAUAGGCCUCUGUUAAAAACAAUAUUCGAGGUAUUGAUGCGCCUAUUCAGCCCCCGCAAAACAACACUGCUACUUGUUAUUCGCGACAAAACAAAGACUCCACUAGAUUAUCUAUCCCAAGCUCUGAAGGAGGAUAUCCAGAAGAUAUGGGAUGCUGUUCGGAAACCGGAAGUUUACAAGGAGGCUGCACUAAGUGAAUUCUUCAAUGUGGAGGUCACUGCUUUGUCAAGUUACGAAGAGAAAGAAGAACUAUUUAAGGAGCAGGUUGGGCAACUCAGGCAGAGAUUUAUUCAUUCAAUCGCUCCAGGUGGUCUAGCAGCUGAUAGAAGAGGUGUUAUUCCUGCUUCAGGUUUUUGUCUUAGUGCACUCCAGAUCUGGAAAGUAAUACGGGAGAACAAGGACCUCAACCUUCCUGCCCACAAGGUCAUGGUUGCUACUGUUCGAUGUGAAGAGAUUGCGGAUGAAAAGUUCAAACAUUUCAUGUCUGACAAGGGCUGGUUGGAGCUAGAAGCAGCUGUAAAUUCUGAUUUAGUACCAGGCUUUGGAAAGAAGCUUAAUUCUAUUCUUGACUUUUAUCUAUCUGAGUAUGAUACAGAAGCCAUGUAUUUUGAUGAGGAUGUGAGGACUGCUAAACGCCAGGAGUUAGAAUCUGAAAUCCUAAAACACACAUAUCCUGCUUUCAAGAAAAUGUUAGAAUACCUGCAUCAUGUGGUUCUCAACAAAUUCAAAAGUGAUCUAGAACAAUCAUUAAAGAGCAGUGAGGGAUUUGCAGCAUCAGCUCGUUAUUGUGCGCAGUCAUCAAUGGAAAAGUUUGAUGCUGGAUUGAGAGAUGCUUUGGUUAAGCACGCGGAGUGGGACACCACAAAAGUUCGGAGCAAAUUGGAGCAGCAUAUAAAAGCUCAUGCAACAUCUGUCCGGGGAACAAAACUAGCUGAGCUAAAGGCUAAUUAUGAGAAAAAGCUCUUGGAUGCGCUUGCUGGACCUAUACAGUCAAUCCUGGAAACUGCUGAAAGAGACUCUUGGGCAUGCAUUAGAAGACUUUAUAGGCGUGAGACUGAAAAUGCUAUUUUGGCAUUCUCAGCAUCCCUCUCAGAGUUUGAACUAGACCAGACAACUACUCAAAAGAUGAUGAUGGACUUAAGAGAACAUGCAAGAGGUAUAGUAGAAGAGAAAGCUAGAGAAGAAGCUGGGAAUGUUCUAAUGCGUAUGAGAGAAAGGUUUUCCACUGUGUUGAGCCGUGAUAAGGAUUCCAUGCCUAGGACAUGGAAAGGAAACGAAGACAUACGUGCAAUCACUAGAGAAGCACGUAUAGCGGCUUUAAGACUUCUAUCAGUAAUGGCAGCUAUACGGUUGGAUGAUAAACCUGAUAAAAUAGAUCGGGCUCUGAUUACUGCUCUUGUAGAUGGGGGACCACUAUCACAGAAGAGGAGUAUCGAAUUCACAUCUGAUCCUCUUGCUUCAAGCACAUGGGAGGAGGUGCCACCAAAGAAUACGCUGAUCACACCAGUGCAGUGUAAAUCCAUCUGGAGGCAAUUCAACGCAGAGACAGAGUAUGCUGUCGCACAAGCAAUUUCUAUGCAGGAAGCGCACAGACGUAGCAACAAUUGGCUGCCACCUGCAUGGACUAUUAUGCUUCUUGCAAUUUUAGGUUACAAUGAAUUUAUGUUUCUUCUAAGGAACCCUUUAUACCUUUUGGGGCUCUUCAUUGCCUUCGUAGUAUCCUAUGCUCUAUGGUUGCAAUAUGACAUCACAGCCUAUUUUCGCCAUGGCACGCUGUCAGGUCUUUUAACUAUUACAUCAGGAUUCCUCCCCACAUUAAUGGACAUCAUAACAGCAGUCAUCAACAUGAGUCACAACCACAAGAGCUCCUCGCACCCACCUCGACAUCGCCCACCGCUCCAUCCUCAAAGCUUCAAGAACCAGGCGGAACAACAGGCUCAGGUUCAAUACCAGGUUCCAGAUUCAUUGUCAUCAUACUCUUCGGUGGACUCCAACAGUGAUGAUGAGUGUUGAAUCCUCAUAGAACAUCCCUGGAGAAGAAACAUUCGAGUCUUCAAGAGAGACUUGUUGUGAAAAAAAGAAAACAUCCGCCUCAGACCUUAUAAAUACACGCGUCGCGCCUCUAUUCUCCGACAUGCAAAAA